AUGAUUUCUCUCCCCCCCCCCUCCUCCUCUUCCUCCUCUUCUCCAAUCCCCAUCUAUGAGGAGGAGCAUGCUACUGUAGAGACAGUCAGUACUAUUCAGGUUCCUCAGAGUGAGUGUGGCUCUUCCACUGCUAUGACAGCCACCUCAGAGAUGACAUUGGAUGAAGACCAUAGUAGCCAAGAAGAUGGAGCUAUCGCAAGUGCCUCACAGUUUCUACCAGAUUCUGAAUAUUGGUGCACAAACCCAAUUGAUGAGAAGGUGGCUCUGUUGGUGAAUUUUCUGCUGUUCAAGUAUCAACAUAGGGACCUGAUCACAAAAGCUGAAAUACUGAAUAUUGUCAUCCAAGAGUAUGAGGACCACUUCCCUGAGAUCCUCCUGAAAGCGUCUAGACACACAUAGAUGCUAUUUGGCCUUGAUGUGAAAGAAGUUGACCCUCUCGACCAUGGCUACAUCCUCGUCAUUAAACUGGGCCUCACCUAUGAUGGGAUGCUGAGUGAAACAGAGGGCAUGCCCAAGACUGGCCUCCUGAUUCAUAUGUUGGGUGUGAUCUUCCUUAAUGGCAACCGAGCCACUGAGGAGGAAGUCUGGCAAGCGCUGAAUACAUUGGGUGUAUAUGCUGAGCAGCAUCACCUGAUGUUUGGGGAUCCUAGAAAGCUCAUCACCGAAGACUUGGUGCAGGAAGAGUACCUGGAGUACCGGCCGCUGCCUAACAGCGAUCCUGUGUGUUAUGAAUUUGUGUGGGGUCCGAGGGCUCAUAUGUUGUUUAAUACCUUAAAGGUGAAGAAGACCGAGUCCACUUUGUAUGCAACCGAACUGAGCCUUCCAGAAUAUUUUGAUGUCCCCAAGAAAAUCUACAUCCCUGAGUUUCCAGAAAGUCAAGAUAAAGUGACUCAUUCUCAAGGAUUUCAACCUGAAAUUUAUCAGUCUAUCAGUAACACCUCUGAGGAGGAGGAUGCUACUGUAGAAACAGCCAGUACUAUUCUUGUUCCUCAGAGUGAGUAUCAAAGGAAGGAGCUGAUCACAAAAGCUGACAUGCUGAAGAUGGUCAUCCAAGAAUAUGAAGACCACUUCCCAGAGAUCUUCCAGAGAGUGUCUAAACUCAUAGACUUGAUAUUUGGCCUUGAAAUGAAGGAAGUCGACCCCAUCAGCCAUGGCUAUACCCCGUUCAUUGAACUUGGCCUCACCUAUGAUGGGGUGCUGAGUAAAACAAAGGGUGUGCCCAAGACUGGCCUCCUGAUUGUUAUGUUAGGUGUGAUCUUCCUGAAUAACAACUACACCAUUGUGGAGGAAAUUUGGUAUGUUCUCAAUGCGUUGGAAAUACGUCCUGGGGAGCUGCAUUCAUAUUUUGGAUGUCCCAAGAAGCUCAUCACGGAAGAGUUUGUGCAGGAAAGAUACCUAGAGUAUCAUUCGUGGGCUAACAGCAAUCCUGCAUGUUAUGAAUUUGUGUGGGGUCCAAGGAUCCAUGCUGAAAUCAUGAAGAUGAAGCUCCUGGAGUUUUGGUCCAGAGUCCAUGAUGGAUCUCAAAGGACCAAGGAAGCAGAGAAGUUAGAGUGGCUUCAGGCAAAACAGGUGAAAUACUUGGUGCCAAAUCUAGCAGAAGAUGGGAAAAAUAAGGAUAGAAAAACAGAAAUCUAA